AAUCAUGCCACCCUGACACGUUAAGCAGCCGGUUAUCCGCACUACCCAAUUGACCGGUAACCAUGGCGGACGCAAAGCCUGUUUCUUCCCAUGCGGCCUUGUAUGCCAGCGACAAGCCUGCUUUGAUAGCUCACUUAUUGCUCCUUGCCCUUAGCUUAGCACCUCUAGUCAUUAACGUACCGACAAAUGUGAACAUCGUUGCGACCGCUGCGCUGGCCGUGUAUGCGGGCUCAUGGCGAUCUGUCAAACCGGCACCGCCCACGGAGAGCAUGACCAAGAAGGAUGCUAUGCGGUUCCCCAUAGUCGGAAGCUGCGUGUUGUUUGGGCUCUUCCUGUUGUUCAAGUUCGUGCCGAAGUGGAUUGUGAAUGCGCUGCUGUCCCUCUACCUGGGAGGGAUCGCCGUGUUCAUCCUCACGUCAGCUAUACUGCCAUACGUGCUGGACUUCUUUCCUGAACGUAUUCAGCACAUGGAGAUCGCGCUGCCUCGCAUUAAGGUUCCACACGUCUUUGACAACUCCGAUGGCAGCAUGCGCCCAACCGUUCCUGAGCUUAUCCUGGCCACGAUCAGCGUGGGAUUUUGCGGCUGGUAUUAUGCGAAAAAGCACUGGUUCGCGAACAACAUGCUGGGUCUGGCGUUUUGCCUGGAGGGCAUCGAGCAUCUGAGCCUAGGCUCAGUGCAUGUCGGCCUCAUCUUGUUGGGGGGACUCUUCUUCUAUGACAUCUUCUGGGUGUUCUGCACGCCUGUGAUGGUGUCGGUGGCCAAGAACUUUGACGGGCCCAUCAAGCUGCUCUUCCCUCGCUCUGGUGUGCUGGAGGAUGGAAAGCGGCCGUUUGCGAUGCUGGGCCUCGGGGACAUUGUUAUUCCAGGCAUCUUCGUGGCCCUCAUCCUGCGCUACGAUGUGAAGCGCAACUUCCGCUCCAAGUACUUCCGCUCCGCGUUCGGGGGCUACGUGGCGGGGCUGGCGGCGACCAUUGUGGUCAUGAACGUGUUCCAGGCCGCCCAGCCGGCGCUGCUCUACAUCGUGCCCUGUGUGGCGGGCGCGGUGCUGGGUCACGCCUGGCUGGCGAGGGAGCUGCAGCCCGUGCUGAGCUUCAGUGAGGCGGCGCCGGAGGAGGAGGGCAAGGAGAAGGAGGGGGCAGCCAAGCAGGCAGGGGAGGCGGUGAGGGAGGAGAGCAAGAAGACGCAAUGAGGGGUCGUGUUGUUUGGUGACGUGGGCUUGGGGUGACGGUUAAAGCGUAUGCAUGGGGCUAUAUUCGUGAGGUUGCCAGGUUGCUGUUGGGAGUAUGUUAUGGCUCAUGGGGGAUGGCGCGGAACGUGGCAUUUAGCAGCCUUGACCUUUCAGGUGAAGUUGGUUGCUUGCGGGAUAUAUACUCAGCGGCUAACUGUUGACUCCUUGACGUAUCCGACACCCAGCCAGACACUGUGUUUUCCUGGACUAAUUGUUUGGACUUGGGGAAGGCAAGUCGUGCAGUGGUUCAGCGCCUUGACUUGUUUGAGUGCUGCUGCUAUCGAUUCUGUGUGUGACACGUCGUGACAGAGCUGUAGGACUAGCGAUGCGCGGAUGGGUUGGCAUGGGAACGAGCAGACGGUCGCGCGGUUGACGAGCCUGAUGAAGACACAGCAUGCGGGGUGUACAUGGAUCUGAAG